CCCGCGGCGACAGAGGCCUUUCCAGGACACCGGAAGCGGUGGCGCCUGAGCGAGGUGACUAAAAAAUGGAGAAAAUAGUGAACAGAAUUCAUCUGGCUUCCACUCCGGGCACAAUAUAUUUUCUACAGGUUGCUUGGGAAAAAGACUUAAGCACUGGUUUUGUUGCAACGCUUAGUGAUGGUCAAUCAGCAUGGACUGGGACAGUUUCUGAAGCUGAAAUUUCUAGGGAAGCUGCUGACAUGGAAAUGGAAAGAGAAAAAUAUGUUGAAGAACUGAGGAAAGCAUUGGUAUUAGAAGCAAGACCAGCUAACAUAUAUAACUUUGAUAUUUCUAAAGAUGAAGAAAAUGCAGACUACUUUCAUUUCUCUUAUGAAAAAAAUCUGAAAGAUGUUUCUUUUAGACUUGGAUCACUGAAGCUACAGAAAGUCUCAGCUCCAGCUGAAGUCAUUCAAGAGCUGAUUAGCUAUUGCCUAGAUUGCAUAGCAAGACUUCAUGCCAAAAAUGAGCACCUGCAAAAAGAAAACGAAAGGCUUCGAAGUGACUGGAAUGACGUACAAGGACGACUUGAAAUAUGUGUGGAAGCUAAAGAAGAAUUAGAGACAGAUCUUUAUCAACGGUUUGUCCUGGUGCUCAAUGAAAAGAAAGCAAAGAUAAAAAACUUACAAAAGUUGUUAAAAGAAGCUAAGGAACCUACAGAGGAUAAAACACAUGGAAGCACUUCUGUUGAAACUGCUGCUGAAAGAGAAGAUGAUUAUGAGGGCAGCACUGAUGAGGAAAGUGAGCCUUUAACACAGCCUGCUUCAGUAGCAUUAGGUACAGAAAGAAGGGAUUCCCUUUUAAACAGCCCAGACAUGGUUGAUAUAGCUCCAAGCAGAAAGCGGAGACAAAGGGCUCUAACGACUGCUGGAACAGGACUGAAAAUGGCUACACAUGAGACAGAUCUGCAAGUAAACAAAAAACCUAAUCCUGAUCCACCAGAGGCAAGAGGCAAGCACUCAAUCAAGAUGUCUUUGGAAAUACCAAAAAAUACUGCUGAGCCGGAGGAUCUCUUUGAUGACAUCUAACUAUGGGUUUUGUCUGUUUUUGGUGAGAAAC